CAAACUUUUCAGGAGUGAAAUGCAUAAACAUACAAAGGUGAAGAACUUGAUUGAUUCUUUCCACUUCAUCGUCUCUAUACACACACCGCCUGAUUUCGUAUAAUCGCCCACUCCGUCGACAUUGGUCUUCGACGAAUCAUUCACUUCAUCGUACUGGUUCAACUCUGCAGGUUUUGAGUUGCAUAACAGGCAAGAAUGAAUUUUGCAGCUUCAUUGUGUAGGAGAUUGUCCGUUAGUGACUUAGUUACAAGAAUUCCCGUCUACACUUCCGCAAGCGAGGUGUCUGGAGAUGGCUUAAGCAUGGUGUUCAGACGCUGGGCCACCAAGAAAACUGCAGGGUCCACCAAGAACGGGCGCGACUCAAAACCCAAGAAUCUUGGCGUGAAGAAGUUCGGCGGUGAGAGAGUGAUACCGGGGAAUAUUAUUGUACGACAAAGAGGCACUCGUUUCCACCCGGGAGAUUACGUUGGAAUGGGUAAAGAUCACACACUCUAUGCUUUAAAAGAAGGGUGUGUCAAGUUUGAGCGUCACAAGCUGAGCGGGCGCAAGUGGGUCCAUGUCGAACCUAAAGAGGGCCAUGUUCUUCAUCCGAUUUACUUGAAACCGAACGCAGCCGAGUCAAAGACGACAGCUUAGGUGGGACUUUCUUGUUGAAACAUUUUCCAGUUUCAUAUUGUUGACAAAACUAGAUAAAAGUGUUAGCAGGAUGGGCCUUGUAGGCUUUUCAAAAACUUUUUUAUGAAUUUGUUGAAAUUUGUGUCGUGCUAUCUUUAGACUAGUUUGGUUUUACGUACAAGCAUCCGUAUUCAUGGUCAAUUGUAUGUACGGAUCCCGAACAACUAUGUUUGUCUUUUUCACAUAUGCUUAAAUUAGAUAAGAAUGGAUAAGGAUUUGCUUGUUCGAGUAGAAA